UCUCAAACUGACUAUUUUUAACUAUUUACUGACUAUUUUUAACUAACUAUUUUUAUUCUAAUUGUAAUGUUUCUGUCAACUCUAGCAAGUCCACAGCCACCCAGCAUUAUUAUUUAUGGAGGUGACAGGACGGGUGACACCAUCACAGUAGCAUGUUCGACUUUCCACUCGUGUCCAUACAGCAAACCAAACAUCAUUCUGAAGGGUAUAGAAGGAUCUGACCAAAUAAAUGAUGAGGACAUUAAUGAUGGCCUGUGGAAAAUCACUCUGACACGCACAGGUGUCGUAAAGGCAGAAAGUUCAACUAUUGAGUGUUCUGUAACACAUCAUGGUGUUGAAACAGUGACAUUUAAAAAGGACAAAAGCGCACAAUGUGUUCAUCAUAAAAUAACGAUUGAUCCUGAACUGGCAGAUGUCACUGAGGGCGUUGCAAAGAACUUCACUUGUUCCGUCUAUCACUCCUGCCAGAAAGAGACUCCAACCAUCACGUGGAACUAUGAGAACAUGCAGGUCUCAACAAGGAGCAAAACACUUUCCGGUUUAAAUAAGGUCAGCUAUUCCAACAUAACCUUUCUGGGUUCAAAAGAAGACCAUGGAAAGAAAUUGAUAUGUACUGCAAAAUUUUCUGGAGGAAACAUCGAAGCUUCUGUUGCACUACAUGUACGCCCGUAUCAAAAACCAGCGAGUCCAAUCCAGAAUGAAACUUAUUUUCAGUAUGAGGCAGAUGUGAUACCCAAGAUCACUGCGUUGCCUCGUUCCUGUGUGGUAAUACCAUGCAGUUUCAAGAUGGCGAAGAAUUUGUCACUCGACUUCGUGUUCUUUGGGUCACCAAAAAAGGUGGCUACAUGUUCCACACAGACUCACAUGACGUCUUAGACAACUUUAAAGGCCGCACAAGGCUUCUCGGAAACCCAGAUGAGCAGAACUGUACUGUGGAGAUGGAUAAUGUGCAAACUCAUGAUAAUGGGCCAUUCUGCUUCAGAGCAGAAAAAGAAAAUGAGAAAUAUAGUUUUAACAACAGCUGUGUGUUCAUUAUAAUGCGAGCAUCUCCUGACAAACCUGUGAUGUCGUCCCUCCCUGAAGACAUCGAGCCCGGGACACGCAUCACCGUCAAAUGUUCAGUCAACCACACAUGCUCCUCUCACCCUCCCAAAAUUACCUGGAGCGUCCCAACAGCCCGAGAAACUAUCAGUCACAAUCACAUGGGUGGAGGCGUCUGGGAAACAGUGUCCACUGUGAUCUUCAUUCCAACUGGAUAUGAAGAGAAAGAUGAAAUUGUCUGCAGUGCCAACUUUUGGGGUGGUAAAACUCAACAGAACAAUACUGCCUUCCUGAGUGUUAAGAGAGUUCAAGGCAUUGGAUUUGGGCCUUAUAUCAUUGCUUCUUCACUUGCGUUCAUCCUUAUUUGCAUACUUGCUGGAGUCUUCAUAUAUAAAAGGCAACACAGACAACCUCUUCGUGAUAUGCAAGGGUCACGAUCUGAGCUAAGGAGAUCAGUUUGGAACAGAUUCACAAGUCAUUUUAAUAUGCCUGAAGGAAGAGCAGCUUGGAAUAACAGGGGAAACAGGAGUGAUAUCAGGUACACUGAAAAUGCUCCUGAAAGACCACCGAAGCCUGAACAAAGACGGAGCAUCUGGAGCCGAUUUUCUAGAAACCAAUCACCCAGAACCAAUGCAAAUCUGAGAGCUGAAUACAUGGCAAACACAUGUAUGGUGUCAGGAAACGAACCUUUCUCCAAACCUCAUAUGCCAUCACCAAAGAGUGAGCCAAAACUCUACCGUGGUUAUGAUUAUGAUGCUGAUAACACCAACCUAUAUGGAAAUGUCUGAUGAAAAUGGGCUGUAUCCUAGAACAUGUGCUCUGAAUUUCAGUCCAGUUCGUAUUAUUUCCCCAUUCUGUUCCACCUAUUUUCUUUCUCAAUCUGUUUAAUAUUGUUUUUUUAAAUCACAACAAUGUAAAACUGAUAUGAAAAACAAACAAAAAAGCUUCUGAAUAUAUUAAAAAAAAGCUAUAAUCUUAUGCUGCGUGAAGAGUGUAAG